GGUCCAUCUAAACGGAAGCAGACACUUUGACUCUACGUUUGAAGCAUUGAUUAGUUUGCAUGGAUCGUCCAAAGGAUUACCUCCCCUGUGCACUUCUAAAAUGAGCCGCCCAAGUUUGUGCUUCUUUCCGCAAUACUUCUUGCCAACUAUAAAGACACCUGUGUUUAUAGUCAUGUCGGCAUUCGACCAAAUCCAAAUAAGGUAUAACUUGUUACCGGCGGAUGAGAUUUGCCUUUUGAACCAUAAUUGCACAUAUGAACGGCUGGAAGCAAUGCAAGAUUUGCGGAAACAUGUGCUAUUUGCAUUGCCCAAAGCGUGUCCUUUGGAACGAGGGCUGUGGAUUACUAGUUGCAUUGCUCAUGACAUACCUUAUGAUUGGAAUAAGACUUUUCCUCAAGUUCUCAGAGAUUGGUAUAUCAAUAAAAGCUAUCUUCCAGUAAUUGAUGGCUCUGAUACGCCAAAGAAUUGCACUUUGCAAGGCAUAUCUCCCCAUCAUCCCCAUACGUAGAAAUGUAGAAUGGUUUCAUGUAACACCCUUUUAAACUAGGGUUAAUUGAAACAUUCUCUUCCUCGUUUGAUCAUUCAAAAAAUAUUAUGCCAGACGGCAGAUUGGAGCAAUGAUUAGCGAUAUAUUAUGUUGUCAUGUUGUCAGAUUGGUUAUACUACAUGAUGUAUAUUUCCAUAUAUCUCAAGGGUAAUGUCUGGAGAUUGUGUUCGAAAUUUUUAAAGUUUUGAUUGAAUAUACUGAAUUAUGGAAAAAUUAUAU